CUGACAAUAUGAUCAAGCGAUUUUGACUUGCUCACUGAGUUUUGACAAUUUGCUUUGUAAUCAUGGCGUCUGAACGUUAUAGUUUUUCUCUAACAACUUUUAGCCCUUCUGGUAAAUUGGUACAAAUCGAGUAUGCUCUAGCUGCUGUAGCCGCCGGCGGUACUUCCGUCGGUAUUAAAGCGUCAAAUGGCGUCGUGAUUGCAACAGAAAAUAAGCACAAAAGUAUUUUGUAUGAUGAGCACAGUGUCAACAAAGUCGAGAUGAUUACUGGACAUAUUGGUAUGGUGUACUCGGGCAUGGGCCCCGACUACCGGCUGCUGGUAACACAGGCUCGCAAGAUGGCUCAGCAGUACUUCCUCAUGUACCGCGAGCCGAUACCAACGGCACAGCUUGUACAGCGGGUGGCUACUGUGAUGCAGGAAUACACCCAGUCUGGAGGUGUCCGUCCAUUUGGUGUGUCCCUACUGAUCUGUGGCUGGGAUAGCGGUCGCCCAUACCUGUUCCAGUGCGAUCCCUCCGGAGCUUACUUUGCUUGGAAGGCGACGGCUAUGGGGAAGAAUUUCAAUAAUGGAAAAACUUUCUUAGAAAAGAGAUACACAGAAGAGUUGGAACUAGAUGACGCCGUUCACACAGCGAUCCUAACGUUGAAGGAAGGCUUUGAAGGACAAAUGACGGCCGAUAACAUUGAAGUCGGGAUCUGUGAUGCUAACGGGUUCCGUAGGUUGGAACCCGCGCACGUUAAAGACUACUUAGCGAAUAUACCAUAAUACUGUUAAAUAAAUCUUUCAUUUUCUAUUUGUGA